UAAACAUAACCUCAAUUUAUCAAAAUAAAAAUUAAUGAAACACUCAAAGAAGGAUAAAAAAGAUGAUGGUGAGAAAAAACAUCGCAAGAAAUCUAAAAAACAUAAAAAAUCUAAAUCUAAAAAAGGUGAUAUAAAAAAAUCUGGCGAAGAUGAAUCAUUUGAUGUUCCUUUAUCGUUAAUGACAUCACAAAUCGUAACUCCGAUUACCAAAGAAGAAUGGGAAAAGAAACAAAGUGUUACAAAAAGAGUUUUUGAUGAAACUACAGGAAGAUAUCGACUUAUUAAAGGUGAUGGAGAAGUUAUUGAGGAGAUUGUAAGCAAAGAACGGCAUAAAGAGAUUAAUCAACAAGCAACAAAAGGAGAUGGAAAUUAUUUUCAAAAAGAAAUAAAUAAAUAAUUAAUUAAUAAUAAACAAUUUGAAGAAAUUUUAUUGAAUUAAGGAUACUUGAGAAAAGUAAAAAAAAAUAUAUAUAUAUAUAUAGUUAUAACAAAACUCAAUAGAUGGAGUAAAAUAUAACCAUAUUUAAAUCUUAA